UAUUGCCGGUGUUUCAGCGAUUGCCGGGACAGUCGGACGGAGAAUGUGCUCGGGAAUGACCUUGGGACCCGGUGGCGUGAUUCGCCGUGAAUUCCACAAUCACCGAAAGACUUACUCUGUCGCCUAUCAUUGGAUGGCCUUAUUCAAGCGCAAUAGGCUGUGAAAACACUUGAAAGAGAGUCAAUAGCACGCUCAGCAGUCCAUGAAAAAUGAAUGGCGUGAAAAACCAAAGGCUGCUUCCGUGUAUUUGGUUUUAUAUGACAAAACCAGGGUAGAUAGGAAGUGAAGAAAGCCAAUACACCAACCAAGCAACACCUCAAGCGUUUGGUGCCACUUGCAAGUCGUACAUUGAACUAAGGCUCGAACAAAGAGUAAGCCAAGAAGAGGAAGGAGAAUGGUGCACGCCUCCAAGGGAAAAAAAAGUCAAGAUAGCGACUCUAUUUCUGUAAGGCUAUCCUUAGUUCAUUCUUCAUAAGGGUCAUCAAGAACAUUGGCAGGCACAAGAUUCCCAGGUCCAUGAAGCAAUGCCAUCCUCCUCAUUCUCAAACUCUGCUUUUAGCGUUGAUCCGGAAAAUGGGACAACCGAGAAAGAAGAUGCGGCAGUACCUAGCACAAGUAAUAUGCCCGUGAAGGUUCGAGUUGGGGAAACGGCUUUCAAUACGGAAUCCACUACUUCUGACGACCAUCCUGUGAUUGAUUGCUGUUUAUCGGAAUCCAAGGCUGUUGAAAAAAAUGAGACGGGAAAGACUGGCAAAUUAUCGGGUGGAAAAGUUCUUGAACGGAUAAAAAAUCGAUUCCGUCGUACUUGCACGACGAAGCAGUUAAUUCGUCGAUUUCCGAUUACCAAUUGGAUACAAACCUAUAGCCUCAACUCAGCCUUUUGUGAUUGUAUGGCCGGAGUAACUGUAGCGCUCACGGCCAUUCCACAAGGAAUCGCCUACGGAGCUGUCGCUGGAGUUCCUGUUGAGUACGGUAUGUACACGGCUUUCGCAGGGCCUUUCAUCUAUGCCCUGUUGGGUUCAGUGAGUCAAGUUACCGUCGGCCCCGCUGCAGUGAUGGCUCUUAUGGCUUACGAGUACGUGCAAAAAGGAGGACCCGCUUAUGCCAUCGUCCUCUCAUUCUUAGCCGGCUGUGUGGAAUUGCUCGCUGGCCUUCUGAAUUUAGGUUUCGUCAUGGACUUUAUAUCAGGUCCAGUCAUUUUUGGUUUCUGCUCAGCAGCCGCCACGACUGUUAUAUUUUCGCAAAUCAAAAUUCUCCUCGGCUUGAAAUUUCGAGGUUCGGCUUUUCUAACGGUUAUUUCCGGUAUUUUUACCAACUGGCAAGCAAUUCGCCUUUGGGACGCUGGACUUGGUCUUGCCUUUAUCGUCCUACUGCUUCUUUUAAAGAAUUUGACUCUGAUGAAAACGUGGUUCAAAAACACUUGCUGCCUUCAUCUCCCUCGAGUCGAAAAGUUCCUCUGGUUCGUCUCCACUUGCUGCAAUGCCUUAGCGCUCGCUUUUGGAUGUCUAUUGACAUUUGUUUUAGAUCUGAACAACUACCGACCUUUUGAUUUGACAGGAGAAAUUAAGUCCGGCAUCCCAGUCUUUCAACUUCCUCCCUUCAGUUUUGCUCGACCAGUGGAAUCUCUAAUUAAACACAACGAAUCUUUUAAUUGGACAGAAACUGCUCAAGAGCCAAAGUACAUCACAGUAACCUUCGAUGUAAUUCUAAAGGAUCUUGGAGCAGGCCUGGCUCUUGUUCCUGUUAUUGCCAUUCUUGAGCAAAUUGCUAUCGCCAAAGCUUUUAGCAAUGGGGCCAAAACCGAUUCAACACAGGAAAUGAUAGCCUUGGGAGCCGGCUCGAUAUUCUGUUCGUUCUUUGGUUGCAUUCCUCUCACAGCUUCGUUCGCAAGAAGUUCCGUCUUAUCAGCAUCUGGUGGCAAAACUCAGUUGGCAAGUUUUUUUAAUGGAUGUACGGUACUUUUGGCUCUCGCUUUCUUAAUGCCAACCUUUUAUUUCAUCCCGAAAACUGUCCUCGCAGCUGUCAUAAUAACUGCUGUCUACCCUAUGAUAGAAUACCACGAAAUCCUUCCAAUGUGGAGGGGAAGAAGAAUUGAACUAAUUCCGUUCGCUGCCACCUACUGUUGUUGCUUGUUAAUCAAUAUGGAAUACGGAAUCCUCAUUGGCGCUCAAGUGCAUCUGCUGCUAGUUGUGUUUGAGGCCAGCAGACCCAAGUCUACAUUUCUUCGCUACAAGGAAGCCGACGAGGAGUGUAUCGUUUUGCAAGCGGAUCGUAAUCUCUAUUUCCCAUCGGUGGAACGGUUCCGCAACACAUUAGGCAAAGCGUCUUUGGAUAAAACAAUCAAUAGAAUUAUAAUUCUGGAUAUGAGUCGGGUGAAGCAAGUUGACUACACUUCACUCAAAAUGCUAAAAUCGAUGUUGACGUCUUGGGAUAAGAAGGAGGUGAAAUAUCGGUUCAUCAACGUUAACAGCAAUUUAAAGAAGUCGUUGCUAUCUGUAUUACCAACAAAUAUUUCCAUUUCUGGAUCUGACGGAAGUGCUGCCGCGGAACGCCACACUUUUUCUAUUGUUGAACAAGGAGAAGUAAGUUCCGUAUUCACAACCCUUGAUUAAAUCCGAUUAAAUCCUAUUAAACUUUUUAAAUCUUUUUAUGACAGCGCUUAGUGAUAUUAAAAUAUAGAUCUUUUAUUUUUUCUUUUAUAACCUGUUUAUAACUUAAUAAAGCUGAUCUUUAUUUCUAAA